UGCAAAUGUUGCCAUCAAGAUCAGAUUCUUAAUAAAGAAGUCUUGAAAAUCCUGAUAAAUAGACGAUGAGAGUAGAUUCUACAAAGAGAAAUGAGAAAUUGAUAGAGGUUCCGAGAAAGAAGCUGAACAUGAGGUAAAUUGAAUUCAGUGAGCAGUUAGAUUGUAUUCAGAAUCUGAAUAGAAGUUUUAAGAUUAUGUUAAUUCGAAGAUUGUUACAAUUAGUAUCAUUGCAUUAGUUGGAGCAUAUGCAAUAUUAAUAUUUGUGAUUGUGGCUCUUGAAGAAUUGUUGGAUGAAGCAGAGUUCAAUAAAAUUUCAUCAAUUUUAAGUUGGAUUGAACUUGGAAUAUUGAUAAUUUUCAUAUUAGAAAUAUUUGUUGGUUUAUAUGCUUGGGGUAUAAAGGUAUAAUUUAAUAAUAAUGUAGAAAUAUUACAAAGAUAAAUGGUUGAUUUUAGACACUCUAAUUAUCUUAUUGUCACUUUUUUUUGUUAUAUUUGAAUUGGCAGAUUAGAAGACAUCUAAUGUUAUUAAAGUAAUUUAGGCAGUUUUUCGAUUUUUAAGAAUCUUUCUUUUAAUAAGGAAAGCAUAGACAUUUAGAAGAUUGGCAACAAUUUCUACUAUAUCUACACCCGCAGAAAAGAUAGUGAGAUUCUUGGCUGAAUUGAAAGAAGUCUUGGAAGAUGAAAAUAUGAAAUUAGACAUAGAUUAUUGUAUUGAUAAGAUAGGAAACAAUCAAUUGUAUUAAAUGGGUAAAUUGGAUGAGGAUAAUGCUGAAGUAAUCCAAUAACUGGAAUUAUUUAGGCUAUGGCUUGGCUCAAUCAAAGUUAAUAAGGCAGAACCGAAAUCAAACGAAUUGUAACUAAUGAAUAAUAGUAAUAACAACUACAAUAAAAGAAAGUUAUGGCAAAUUUUUAAAAGCUGAAUAUCCCAAAGAGAGUAAAAAUUUUUAUAAAUAUCAAAUAGUUACUGGAUAUUUUAUUUAAAUAGCAUGAUGAUCUCUAUAUAGAUCCAUUUGAAUGUGAUAAAUUAAGUGGGGGAGAAGGAUUGGUCAAUUUGAUGUUGUUUUUCUUUGAAAAUUAUAAUCUCUUUGAUGUGUUCUUAAUUAAACCUAAAGUAGUAAGGGGUUAUUUUGAAGAAGUAAUGAAAGGAUAUCAUGAUAAUCCAUAUCAUAAUAAAGUUCAUGCUCAAGAUGUUGCAUAAACUUGUAAUUUCCUUAUAAGCAAAUGCAAAUUUAUUGAAAUUGGGUAAUUAGAUGAAUAGGACAUUGCUUGUGUAUUGAUUGCCGGAGCUAUUCAUGAUUAUGGACAUCCAGGGCUUACCAAUGCAUUCUUAAUCAAUAGUAGAAAUGAAUUAGCUUUAACUUACAAUGAUUAAAGCGUAUUGGAAAUGUUUCAUCCCUCUUAAUGUUUUAAAAUUGCUUGGGGAAAUCAAAAAGUUAACAUUUUUGAAAAUCUAUAAUUCUAAAAAUAUAGACGUAUUAGAGAAUCUAUUAUCUUAAUGGUACUUUCCACUGACAUGGCUCAUCAUGCUUCAGAAUUAGCCAUCACAAACAGUAGAAUUGCUGCCCGUAUAUAUUAUAUAAUUAAUAUUAUUAAUAGCUGAUUUUGAACCUAAUGGUAAAGAUAAAUAAAGAUUAAUGGAUUUGAUCGUUCAUUCUUCAGAUGUUUCUAAUCCUACUAAAAGCUUUGAAAUCUACAAAUAAUGGACAGAAAAAGUCUUAACUGAAUUCUGGUUACAAGGAGAUAAAGAAAGAGAACUUGGGUUACCAAUUUCAUAUCUAUGUAAUCGUUACACAACCAAUACUGCAGAAGCUUAAGUGGGGUAUCAAUUUAUAUCAUAUCAGAUUUAUUGAUUAUGUCGUGAAACCUACUUUCGCUUGUAUCUUGGGAUUCCUACCAGCUUAUGAACCUUUCUUUUAAAAUUUAGAUAAAAAUAAAGCUAAAUGGCAAGAACUCAUAGAAUAUUAUAAAUAAUAAUUAGCUUCCAUUCAACCUAAAUGA